AUGUACUUGCCUAGGAUGAUACAUAAUUCUUAUUCUCCUAUUCUCCACUCCUCCACACACACACACACACACACACCCCCAAUUUUUCCUAACUCCAGUCUUCCUGGCUUUUUCUUUCCAUUUUCUCUCUCUCUCUCUCUCUCUCUCUCUCUCUCUCUCUGUCCCCCUCUUUUACCCAAGGCUUGUUCUUCCCAUUUUCAUCUCUUCCUUCUUCACAGACGACCGUUCCAGCCCAUCCCUGCAUCCACCCAAGCACGGUAGCUACAUAAUUGAUUUUGAGAUUCAAUGGAUUUGGUGAAGCUGUGUCUUUCACCUUUGUGUUCUUGCAUGCAAAGCCCUGUUGUGCGUCAGGACAUGAACCAUGUAUUCUCCACCAAAGAAAAACUGGAUGAUUUGAAAAACGCCAUGGAACAACUCUUAGCGAAAAGGAACGAUAUUCAGAGAGAGCUUGAUGAUCCUCAGAACAAGGGGAAACUACUCGGCGAUGAACUUCAACUCUGGCUUCGCAGUGUUGGAGAAAAGGAAAAUAAGGUAGAACGAUUAUUGGAUGAAUAUCGCAAAGGUAAUUGUGUUGCAGGCUCUUGUUCUCUAAAUUGUUUUUCAAGGUAUAAGAUUAGCAUUGAUGCAAUCAAAUUGGAAAAGGAGAUAAAUCAGUUAAUAACAAAACAGCCAAAAAUCAAAUUUACUGACAUACCACCACCUAAACCAGUCCCUGAAUCAUAUAGAACAGUCGGAAAAAAAAUCAGCUUCAACGUUGAUAUUGCUCGCAGUUAUUUGGCAGAUGAAAGAGUUGGUAUAAUUGGUAUAUGGGGCAUGGGGGGUGUAGGCAAAACUACACUCUUGAAAAAAAUCAGGCAGUCAUUGUCAAGUGAUGCAAACAUGGGAUUCAAUCAUGUGUUAUUUAUUGAAGCUUCGAAAGAUACUCAGCAGGAAGAACUUCGAAAGAAGAUUUCUGAAAGUUUGCAAUUGCAGAGUGAUGGUAAAGAAGACAUCCUUAAUAUUUUAAAAACUAGCAACUUUGUAUUGCUCUUAGAUAAUAUAUGGGAAGAAGUGGAUCUUAUUGAUAUUGGAAUUCCCCAUCCUUAUAGUGACGAUAAUUCCACCAAACAAUAUAAACACAAAGUGAUUUUCACUACUCGAUCUGAAGAUGUGUGUGCCAAGAUGGGUGCAGGAGAAAAUACCAUCAAAGUGAAAUGCUUGGAAUCAGAUGAAGCAUGGGAUCUUUUCAAGGACAAUGUAAAUCUAGCUGUUAUUGAGUCUGAUGAAAAGUUUAAAGAAAUAGCAUGGCAGGUGAUGGAGACGUGUGGUGGUUUGCCACUUGCUCUGAAAGUGGUUGGUAAGGCCAUGUCAAACAAAAAAUCUGUCCAAGAUUGGAAAUUUAUUUUGAACUCGAUAAAGAAUUCAGGCACUGAAGUAGUUCAAGGUGUGCAGGAAUCAUUACUUCCAGUUUUGAAAUUCAGUUAUGAUAAUCUACCUAGAAAUAUUCAGGAGUUUUUCUUGUAUGCUUGCAUUUUGCAAGUGUUACAUAAAGAUGAUUUGUUGGAAUUAUGGAUGGGUUUAGGCCUAAUCAAUAAUUUUGACAAUUUACAACAAGCUCAUCAUACAGCAAGGCAAAUCUUUAAGAAGCUAGAGGAAUCAUGCUUAUUAUAUUCUUUAAAUGAUGAUUAUGUGGGGUCACAUGAUGUAAUUUAUGAGAUGGCAGUGUGGAUAGCAUCAGACUGUGGGAUGAACAUGAAUAAAUGGAUAGUGAAACAAUAUGAUAGGUACCUAGAAGAAAUACCAUCAAUCAAUGCAGAGAAUUGGAGAUUCGCAAAACGAGUGAUUAUACAAGGCGAGGUGGAGCUUUUGCCAAUUUUAUCUCAUCAGUGUUCUGAUUUGUUGUGUUUAAUGAUACGAUAUAAUUCUUGUUUCAAAAAUAUUCCUGAGGGAUUUUUCAAUCAGAUGCCAAAUUUGACAUAUUUGAAUCUUUCAUACACUGGUAUCGAAGAGCUUCCAAAGGACAUCAAAUGUUUGGCUAAUUUGCAAUACCUAGAUAUUACAGGCACAAGUAUCUCAUCACUUCCAAAAGAGUUGAUAUAUUUGAAGAAAUUGCAAUAUCUGAUGUUCAACAUUUUGAAUGGGCUUGUCAAGGUAGACCUGAAAUAUCUCAUGUCAAGAUUACAGAAUUUGAAGGUCAUUGACAUAUAUCCAUCAGGGUGGGUAGACCUGGAACAGUUAAAGAAAUCGAAGAAACAUGUCAAAGCCAUAGGAAUGCGAGUAGUAUCACAAGAGGUUUUCCAAAAACUCUCAUGUUUGCCAACUACUCAGCUUUGUCUAUACAAUUUGGAUAUCAUCUCUCUUUCAUUUGACACUUUAAGUUGCAAAAAUCAUGGAUUCUUGCAAUCACUAAGAAUUGAAUCAUGCCCACAGCUUGAGCAAAUUGUGAUGAAUGGAAGGGAGACUCAUCUCAAUUGCCUCACAAUCCUUGAUGUUGAAAAACUGCAGAACAUUAUUUGGAAAGAUCUAUCACCUCCAGAGUUUUUUCAUGUGUUGGAUUACUUAUUUAUAUCAAGAUCUAACUUGGAUAAUUUAACUUGGGUCCUGCAUCUCCCACGUCUAUCCGAGUUAUAUAUAGAAGAUUGUGCAGAGAUAGAAACAUUGUUUUACAUCAAGGAGGAGAGAGAAAUCCAACAACAAGAAGUCUUAAAACACCGCCCAACAUUCCCUGCAUUGGAAACUGUAAUUAUAACAAAGCUACCAAAAUUAGUGAGUAUAAGCAAUUUUGCAUUGCAUUUCCCUCGGCUUGAAGUGCGUCAAUGUCCUAAUCUUAAGAAGCUUCCAUUCAAUAGUGGCAUUAACAACAACAACAAUCAAAGAAUGAUAGUCAUUUUAGGUGAGAGAGAAUGGUGGGAAAGCUUAGAGUGGGAUGAUGACACCAUCCCAUCUCACCUUCGGCCAUAUUUCUUCUUGGAUGAGUACUCUGAUGAAUGCACGACUAGUAGAAGUGAAUGAAAGGUCUUUGAGUUCUCUGUUUUGUCUGCACAAGUUAGAGAUCAUCUCAUGCUUAAACCAAGUCCUUAAUUUCCUGGGUUUUACAUCUCCAAAAGCUUCUCAAAACUACAACUUCUCUCCGCGAUUAAUCAGUGAUCUACCAAAGUUACUGUGCAAUUAUGCUUUGGAUUGCUUGUGUUGUUUCUAGUUUUCUUCUCAAAUCUGAACAAUUUGUUUGGUUUUUUAUUUAUGCCGGUGUGAAGACAUAUUAUUAUUUGGUUUCCAAGUUUGAGGUUAAAGAGCAAAACAAAGGCAAAAUGUGUUAAUUGAUAAAUGUGUUGCUACAAUUCGUAAAGCUAUUUAUGGAAAAGGAGGCUUUGGCACUUCAAAAAAGAGUUUUCAUUGAGAUCAAGAUGCGUGGGGAUUCUUUAUCUAUUCGGUAGUGAUAGCAAGAUUCUACUCAUCAAGCCAAGGCAAACUUGUUCAAGGAUCAAAAGUUUAAUACUAGAAUACUAAAGAAGUAUUGGGUUUUUUGCUACAAUAGUUUCUGAUAAGGUGUGGGCAAAUGUGUUGCUAGCUUGCUAGUGGGAAUGAAGUACAUGGAGCUUCCUUGAGAAUAUCAAGUAUUCAACAACUUGAGGAUAAUGAAAACCGGACCAUCGAUCUCUUUGAAGAUCCAACAACCUGAUGAUCAAUCAAAGCUUUGAUUUAGCAAUGUUGUUGAAUUCAGGUUAGGGAACAAGAUAGGAUAAGUUUGGCAAGGCAUAACAUUGAUUGAGUGAAUAAUCAUAAGUCGAAAUAUUUUGCCGAAAGAUUAUGUCAAACUCGUCAGUAUUUAUUAUAUGAUUGAAUUACUCAUCACCUUGAGUGGUUUUUCUCAAACAGAAUUCAUCACUUGUCCGAUCAUUAGAGACUGAUGUAUC